UUGAGGAUUUCGUAUCAGUUGGUGUUUUGGGGCUAAAAGUUAUUCAUUCGAUUCUCCCGAGUACCGAUAGUUACUUUUUGCGGAUUUUAUUUGGAGGGAGGACUGGUAAAGUGAAAUGGAAUUUUUUGGAUUUUGAUUUGUCCAACUGCAUUUUGCUGAGUCGCCUGGAAGUUUUGUUUCGUCCGUAGAAGGAGCGUCGUGCGGUCUCUCCCGUGAAAGAACGUAGUACUCGCUUUUUUUUGUAAAAAACUGCAGAGAACGUGACUCCAAUCCAGACAGAUUUUAACCCUGACCUUAAUUCGAAUGUAAUUACAUCGGUUUCAAGACGUGGGCGGGUUUACCGUCUUAUCAGAAUGUCCUGAGAAAGUUCACAAUGUCGCGUCUGAAGAAGUAAUAUUCGUAGAAUUCCUAUCUUUCCAUCAUUCAAGCUCGAUAAAGACUCGGUGCUACAAGUGGAAAAUCGAAUUAACCAAUUUGAGUGUGUUGGUGGAUGAUAGUAAAAAUUCUGGUAUUCAUCGGAUCGGAAGUGUAUCGCUCAUCGUGAAAGCAGAAUUACGGCGAGAGAGAAGACCACCCGGAGAAGCAACGAGGACAGAUAGCGUAGUACGCCACUUCAACCAUCACAUUAAGGAGCAGCAUACACCCCAUUUAUUCGAAACUACAAUGGAUGUAUCUGGACUACCAUAGCCGCCACCUAGCCUAGAAUAUCGCGGUGAUACGACUCAGAUACUUGUAAGAUUUUCAGAACUUGCCACGACCAUGGUGAAAAAUUGAUGGCGAGAAAAAUCAAAAGUGAUCACUACAACUCUAUAACGCUUACGAAUGCCUAAAAAUGUCAUGAUAUAGAAUUUUACAUUCAAACUUAUAACGAAAAACUGCGAACUUUAAUAAAAACAAAAAUGUGUUCAAAACUAUAAAUAGUGUUCAGUGCUAGUAAAAAAUUCAGUGGCUCUAAUCUAAACGAAAUCAAAAUUAAACAAUAGAAAUGAGUGGUCUUGGACCAGCAGCAUGUUGGCUUGCCCACAAACGCCUAGAAUCCUGGUCUCGAAUGGCCAAAGAGCGUGUUGGGGCUGUCCGACGAGCAGCAGCCGAAAGGAACUCCGAGGAUAAUCCAUCAACCCCACCGCCACUGACGCCCUCAUCGGUGUCGUCGAAUACAAGUGGCGGCGGGAGUGGCGGAAGUGGUAGCGGAAGCUACGAACUAACAACCGAUUCAAAUUCAUCGUUAGAGGAAUGUAAUCUUGCGCGUGAACCGCAUGCUAUUCAACCAUUAGCAUCGGUCCCGGCCCAUACAGUUAACACGGAGAUGUUACGUGGACCACUAGAAGUGACGCCGAGUCCCCUGCACACGCAUUUGCAACACCAAAGUAAAUCGUUUCCUCCACGCUUAACACGAACACCAUCUGUAUCUAGUCAAAGUAGUGUAGAUAGUGCUCCUUCUAGACAAUCAGGUCAUCGAGGUUCAUCUCCCCAAAUAAGGACUUUUGGACCAGACGGGCGUACUUCAAUCCCACCCGAUCAUGGAAUGAUGCAUGCCUCACGAUCACCUAGUCCAUUACGUGCUAUAAGCCUUGACGCCCGAUGUUCCUCGCCUGGAUCAACUGAUGUUAGUGAUAUACGAACCCCAAGCCCGUCUCAAAGCAGUCUAGCUUCAAUAGUAGGCGGUAGUGCUAGCAGUGUUUGCCUACAAAGUCCAAAGAUUGGUAGAUGUCUUUCACCCUUAUUGAUUCCUCCUCGAAUACCGCCUGGUGUCGAAGCAGGCUGCGGUCCUGCGUCACCACUAGGGGCACUCCAACCUGAUCUCUACACUAGGCAAGAAGGACCAAUCUAUUUGACUGCGCCAGAGUUGAGCCCCGCUUUAGGAAGGCUACACUUACGCAUUAAAUAUGACUACCAUCUUUUCGAUUUGGCUGUGCAUUUAAUUGAAGCUCAUAACCUUUGUCCUAUCGAAGAUGGCGGGUUCCGCGAUCCUUACGUCAGACUUAUGCUGGAGCCGGAAGUGGAUCAGAGAAAAAGGCAAACGUCUAUCCAUCGUGGCGAAUCGAAUCCAUAUUUUGAUCAACAUUUCAAGUUCCCAGUUUCCCGUGAUCAACUGUCAGGGAAACAACUUAUCUUGCAAGUCCUGGACUACGAUCGAUACUCGCAUAAUGACAUAAUUGGCGAAGUGAGAGUUUCCAUUGAUGAUAUUGAUCUAUCCAAAUCGGUUGAGAUAUGGGGUGAUGUGUUGAGAGUGAAAAAGCCGCCUGAGGAUCGUCCGGAGAUUUUGAUUUCACUGAACUUCUUACCGCAGGCAGAACGACUUACUGUGGUUAUUAUGAAGGCCAAGAACUUGGAUACGGUGCAAGAGCCAUACGUGAAGCUCUAUCUAAUCCAAAAUGGAAAACGUGUCAAGAAGAAGAAAACCAGCAAUGGAAAAUCAAACGACCCAACAAAUCCCAUAUGGAAUGAGGCAUUCAACUUCAGUGUACCUACAUCUGCUGUAAACUCAACAGGAAUUGAGAUUUACGUUGUAUCGACCGGAGGUGAAGCCAAUGCAAUCGGCAGUUGCGGUCUCGGCCUACAAGAGCAUGGCCCCGGAAAGCAGCACUGGCAGGAUAUGAUCCACAACGCACGGAAACCCACAGCCAUGUGGCACUAUCUCAGAUAAGUUGCAAAUUCCACCAAGGACUACAUAGAAACGUAAGACAUAAGGAAUCAAGCCAGAGCAACCCGAAGGGAAUUAGUUAUUCGUGUAUUGACCAGAUAGACCAAAGUGACGGAGCAAAAUCGACCACAGGGAUCCUGCGGACUUAGGGAAAAUGUAGGUUAUUUUGAGUAAUGCGUGUAGCGGUAGUUAGUUAGGCAGGCAGAGAUUUGCAACUGAUUAAGUGUCCAUUACCAGAAAUUAUGCUGUUUAAAAUGUGCUUUUCAGCCCGAAAUAUUCCAUUCCAUUCAACGGAGUCCUGCAUGGUUCAAAUGUACCUGAAACGUUUUGUAAAUUGAUUGAUGUAUUGGAGAUUAAAUGAAUAGUUGAACCUUCCUUUCCCUGUUGUAAAAUAGCAUUCAGCCUUUCCUGUACGAGGAUCCUUAAAUGUCCUAAGUAGGUAGGGUGCUGCACCCUUGACUAUUUCUGCUUCAAGUAGUUGAGGUUUUUGUUCGAUUGAAAUUUAUACCCUGAGCCACUUGAACGUCAUGUUUUUGUUGACAAAUUUUUCGCCGCUUUAUUUUCUUCUUUUGCAAUAAAACGAUUUGAGUGGAGGGUCUUGAGUAGCAAUUUUCAGAAUUAAUAGUGUGUUUUGUUGUCAUCGCAUGGGAAUCAAUUUCAUUCAUGGGGUAAAAGUGGAAUAAUGUCGCAAUGGGUUUGGGGACAUAUGGAAAUUAUUGGCUUUUUAUUAUACGAUUUUGAUUUUUGAGUGGUAUUUGCUGGCAAUGGCCCUUCAAUAAUUUCGAAGUAUGUAUGUAUCCUUAUAAUUAAUAUUUCAGAAGGAAGAGCUAAUUUCGUAGUUUAUUUCUAUCUGCCAGAAACUGAUAUAAAAUUUUGUUAAGAUGAAAUUAAUUACACCCAAUCAAUGAAGAAUUGAAAAGAUCUUGCUCCCUUAUUUUAGAUGUUUACAUUAAGUUUUCUAUAUUUUCUCCCAAAUGUUUGGUUUAAAUGGGAUAGUAAGGUGUUCAUUAUACAGAAUGAUGUAAACACACUUUAAAUAUUUUGCUUUUCUGCUUUUGCCUUUCCAUAAAUGUUCUUCUGCCUUUGCAAUUUUGAGGCGAUACCUUCUACUUUUGACUUAAAGUACUUCCUACCACCAAAAUAUCGAGCUACAAAUGUGCUAGCUAGGAAGGGAGGGGGAAGGGCACCUUUAUCCUAUCUAUAGGAGGCUUCGCCCCUUAUCCAACAUCUGAAUUAAGGAUCAUCUAUUCUCAUCUUUAACUAUUAGAAAAAUUAUCCAAUUCUACCUCCAAGAGUAUCGGGUGACUUUACAAAUGAAAGAUUAAUUCUGCUAGAAGUGUCGCUUUCUACAAUUUAUGAAAUAGUGCAGUUCGUUAAGUUUUCUCUAGGAAAAAGGGAGCUACUACUUUCAUUCAUUCAGCAUAGCAAAGUGGAUCUAUAACGUCAACGUCAGCGAGAAGUUUGAAUUCUAAUGGAAAAGAAUUGAUUUGUACUAAAGCUCGCUUGAGAUUAAUUUUAUCCUAAACCAGAUUAGGCAGAAGAUAGUGAACUUGCUUAAUUUUAGUUAGCAAUUAAUAUUGAAGAGAGCAGUGAGGCCUGUGCUGUAAUGCAAACAGAAUCACUCCAUUUUCCAUUUUGUCAUACUUUUACGAAAAUAUUACAACAUUUUGGCACACGUCGACCGCAUGGGAACUGUAACUACGCUGCCAGCAAGGGAGACGACUUUUCCUUUUCUUCAAACAGCAACGAAAAUGAAGAGUCAACAAAAAUGGAACUCUGAUGGCACGACUGAAAAUUCGCCGGUUCACAGGACGUUGCAAGCUUUAUUUUUUCUCAAGAAAGAUCCCCCGCUUCAUUUUCAGAUGAAAUUACUAUUCAAUUUACUACUUUGAGGGAGCAAAUACCUUUCGAAGGGUGAAAAAUACGCAUUUGCCGGGAUUUUUUUUAGAGGGGAUAAAAUCUUCUUUUUCUUCAGCCUUUGUCCCGUUCACAAGCGGGAUUGGCUCGUCGUGAUCGGUUUCGCUAUUUGGCUCUAUCGAAUGCCUGAUCUGGGUGCAAU